AAAUACUGUCAAUUUAGACAUAAAAAAGGCAGAAUGACUAGACAUGAUGCAAGUGCAGUAACUAACUUAUCUCAUUGCGAGGAAGAAUAGACAUCGUCGAUCGAUGCAUUGUAUCACAUGUGGUGCAGAUUGCCAUUGCUUGGUUUGCAGUGCAAGUCCACUACGUGCGGUCAUUCGCUUGAACGACCGAGAAGCUGUGGGUUUAGAGCGCCGAUGGACACGACUUUCUAGUCAGAAAUUCAGAAACGUUCAUCAUACUCAGAAAUACAUUCAGGCAGACAAGCUGAGGUUCUAAGGAAGUGUUUCAUACUCGCUGUCAACCUGGUCUCGGAGCAUUUCGUAUUAUUCUGCUGUAGCGCUGUGAUGCAGAGCCCUGGUAUGAAGGCCGGUGGCCCCCCUGAUGGGGGCUAUGGAUGGGUGGUGGUCACCUCAGCCUUCUUUAUCAUGGGCCUCACUACAGGCGUCCUUAAGAACUUCGGCCUAUUCUUCCUAGAGAUCCAGAACCACUUUGGAGUCCUCACCAGCACCACCUCAUGGGUCACCUCCACUAUGAUAGUCAUGUUUCACUUGGGAGCCACAGUUGCCAGUGUCCUGAGCAUGCACUGUACCCAGAGGGCAGUCAUCAUGAUGGGAGGGCUCCUCACUGCUUCAGGGAUGAUCCUGGCUUCUCUCGACCUCAGUCUUCCAUGGAUGUACCUCAGCAUAGGCGUACUGCAAGGUUUGGGACUUUCAUUUUCCUGGUUACCAGCCAACAGCAUAGUGAGCCACUACUUCCUGAAGUGGCGUCCCAUAGCGUACGCCAUAGCCAGCUCCGGGGAGUGUGUUUUUGCCAUGGUGUUCAGUCCUUUCUUUCAGUGGCUCAUCGACGUUUACACCUGGCAGGGAGCUCUGCUCGUCAUAGGGAGCCUUCAGCUCAACCUUUGCGUCUGUGGAGCCCUCAUGAGACCUCUUGAAUCCAAACCCCAUAAUCCCACCAAGCCAAAUAAGGACAACCACCAGGACUCCAAAGCUGCUGAUGACCCGAUGCCUAAGAAGCUAAGCUUCCAGUGGACGUUGCUAAGGAAGCCAGAAUUGCUGCUCUACAUCCUGUUUGCCAUUUUCGCUGCUGCAGGAUUUUUCAUCCCACCUCUAUUCGUGGUUCCCUAUGCCACCAGCCUGGGAUUGAAGAACUACUGGGCGGCGUCCAUCCUGUCUGUGCUGGCAUUGGCUGACCUGCUUGGUCGUCUGGCCUGUGGUUGGCUGGCCAACCUGAGGCUGGUGAGGAACCUACAGCUGCUGACAAUGGUGGUCAUCAUGUUGGGGGUAGUGCUACUGCUGUUGCCCAUUGGCAAGGACUACUCAGCCCUUCUGGUCUUCUCCUCGCUCUACGGUUUUCUGUUUGGCUGCGUUGUAGCCAUCCAUGUGACGUCUAUUGUGGACAUAGUGGGCCUGGAGGGGUUCGACAGCGGCCUGGGACUCUUCAUGCUUUUUAGAAGUAUCGGGGGCUUCAUUGGUCCACCUGCUGCAGGUUGGCUGGUUGACCUGGACAAAGACUUUGGUGUAUGCUUCUACCUGUCUGGAUUGGUUUUCAUCAUAUCUGGUGUGUUUGUGGUGCUGGUGGACCGACUUGUCGAGCGGAAGAAGGCCUCUCCCAGUGAAACCGAGCUAGAGGCCACUCAGGCCUUUGCCUACAAGAUGGGAGUGAAGCUGGUUAGUGAGAGCAACUGCAAAUAAUGUUACUCUGUUUCAGGGGAUAUGGCAGUGAAUGUUUGCAGUUCAUGAGCUCUUGGGAUGGCUUCAUUCUGAGCUUGUAUCACCUAGUCAGGUUUUUAUCUAUAUUAAGCUGCAUCACAGGAGUAAGUAAUGGAGGGUGUUGACAUUAUACCUGGUCAUUCACCAUUGUCAAGUUCCCAGUUUACAUAUGUUUGACCAGGUUGUACAGUAGUUUGUACCACUUUUAUUGACUUGAUGUACAUGAUGUAUUUGAAUGUUCACUGAUUUGUCUUAAUUCUAUGUUAUAUACUUCGCAUACAGUAUACCUGUAUGAACAUCUAUAGUUAUUUUCAAGUAUUUUUGUUUUAAUCUCUGGUGCAAUGCAUGUAUUUUACCUAUAUUUUAAAUGUUUUUGGGGUAGACCUGCUGCUAACACCUAUGCUUAGGCACAUGUGAGUAAAGUUAAGUACUUUCGAUGUGCAGCUUUACCCAUACAUUAACCCGAAUGUCAUGUGCUAUAGGGUUAAUGAUAAAUCAAUGUUAUUAAUCCCCCUGUUACACAAUAGAAUAUUGCCCAUGGCAAUCUAGUACCAGAGCUGUGGCUCAGCACUUUACAUGUCACCAGUGCCUUCUUGUUAUUAUCUGUAUUACCCUUGAUUUUUUCCCCCCCACCAAUAGACUAUUCAAAUAUAUCAAGUUAAUGGUUGUGCAAAUUCCUUCUAUCCACGUCAAAGGUUGUCAACUGUUGCCACACCAUUUAGUCCUCCCCUGAUAACGAUGUUUCUGAAAUAAUGAUCCGUCUGUUUCAAAAGCUGAAUUCUGUAGCUUUCAAAUCUUCCUUCACCAAAAAGGGUUAAAGGAAGAGCAGAGGCGGCUGGUGGGAGGAGCUAGAGGACAGGCUCAUUGUAAUGGCUGGAAUGGAAUAAAUUGAAAAGUUACCAUGUUUGAUACCGUUCCAUUUAUUCCAUUACAAUGAGCCUGUCCUCCUAUAGCUCCUUCUGCUGAAGGUGGCACAUAAUCAGUGAGGCUACAGGCCCAGCAUUUCUUUUGUUUAAAACUCUGAUGGCAGUACCCAAGCCCAUUGUCUUUCUACUUUAGACGCAUGACUAGGGGCUAGAUCCGUGCUAGCUGACACCCUCAGAGUUUUUUGGCAUUUUCUGAGGUGUAGAGCUAUCCAAUCCACAACCGGCUCCUUGCGUUAUCACAAACUGCCAUUGGAUGCAACGAAACCACCCAACUUCAAAAUCCAACAAAUCCCAUGCAGCUGUGUUACAAGUUAAAACACUUGAAUGUGUGAUUUUGCCUAGACUAAAUUCCCCCCCAAUCCAAAUGUAACAAGACAAAAAUAUAAGGGUACUUCUGCGCCCAUCAAGUGUUUAUUUUUGCAACUGAAUGAAUAMAAUUUUUGAAGCCAUU